UCCACACCCUCCCAUUUUUAUUCAUUGUACUUCAUUUCUUUCACUCUCUCCUCUCUCUUUUUUUCCUCUUAUCUGUCCUGUUCUCUUUCUAUCUCUCAUUCACUCAUGCACUUCAUGCUUAUGGCGAGAGACAACUUUCAAGUAUUCUGCCAAUCGCCACUUUGGAAUUCCUCAUUGACAUGGAGUUCAAACAAUGGUUCUUGGCCCCAGUUUACCGACUGCUUUCAAAAAACAGUUCUUGUAUGGAUACCUUGUGGUUGGUUGUUUCUCACACUGCCUUACUACUCAUAUUACCUCAUCACAACUCGUGGAAAAUCUAGGCAUAUCACAUUUUUCAGCAUUUUAAAAACUCUUUUAAGCUUCCUCCUGGCUGUUUUUGUCCUUUGUGAUUUAAUAGUGAACAUCUACUAUGAAAAUACACAUGUUACAGCAGUGGACUAUAUUGCAGGUAUAUCCCAGAUUAUAGCUUAUUUAUGUGCAAUGGUCCUGAUGCAAGUUGAACGCUGGAUGGGUGUUGUGGCAUCAGGAGUUCUCUUCAUAUACUGGCUGCUGUCAUUGUUGACUGGCACUGUUCUGUGUUACAACAAAGUCAUAAUGAAGCAAUAUGAAACUGAUAUUCUACACUUCAACGUAUUCCUUGCACGCUAUACAUUCAUAGUAUUGGAGAUUGUGUUCCAUUGCUUUGCUGAAGUGCCACACAAAUAUGACAAGAAAGCAUUACAAAGGAAACCAAAUCCAGAGCUGGAAGCAUCUUUCCCAUCCAAGUUCACAAUUCAUUGGAUCACUCCUCUCAUUACCAAAGCUUUCAAAAAUACUUUGACUGAAGCUGAUCUUUACCAGCUUAAUCCACGUGACAAUAUCAAAGUAAUCUCAAACAAGUUUUUCACUGCCUGGAAUCAAGAAAAAGCCAAAUGCCAUCAGUAAUGUUCUAUAUCAUUUAUUUCUUUAGAUUAUUGUUGCUGUUCUUUUAUUUAAUUUAAAUCUCAUGCAUUUUGUGAACAACAACAAGAUUAUUAUGUAGUAUCCUUGUUUUAUUAUUGUAUUGUUGCAUAUGUUUUACAUGACGUUAUCAUGUGACUCCACCCAUUGGUCAUGUGAUGAAGGCUAUUUAACAUGGUUUUCCUUUCUGUGCUGAAGAGAACCUUUCUUUAUGUUUUGCAUGUUUUGCAUGUAACUACAGCUUUAUUUGGUGAUUCAGAUGAUUAGCACUAGUAAAGGUAAGCGACCCUAUGUAACUACUGCUUCAUUUCAAUAAACCUUUUCAUGUUGGUCUACAUUAAUAGAUUUGCGUACAUUCCUGUGUUCAUCACCCAGCAUACUCUGUAAAGCGGUUGGCAUUAGGUAGGGCAUCCAACCGUAGAAACCAUGCUCCAACAGACAAUUGAAAUCUGGACAGCUCCUGUCAAACUAUCCAACCCAUCUCAGCAUGGAAAACAUAUAUUAAACAAUGAUGAUGAAGAAGAAUCUAAUUAGCAACAAUAAUUUCUUCUUAUUAAUGAUAUAACCAUGAUGCCACUUUCAGGACUUAGGGAGUUAAUACUGUCUUAUUUCAAUUUGACUGUAGCCUGAUUAAAAUGCCUUUCAGCCAGUGCUAGGACGAAAAAGCUCAAAGACUUGGUUGAUUUCUAGUAAAGAAUCAACUGAUUUUUUUCAUCUCUGAGACAUUGUAAAUAUUAUAAAUUUCUGUGAUAGUGUACCUUAAAGUAUUGGAGAACAUGAACUUUGUGGGCAUACCUGAGGACAUUAUUGUCCUCAGGGUAACCCCAAAAAAGCUGGUUAUUGUCAAAAAGGUAUGCUUUCUGGCUCUGAAGUAAAUAGCAUUAGAAUAAAUACAUUGAUGUAAUGAAAGAUUGCAAGAAGACGUGCGUUUUGUGAAUUGGUAAGUUGGAGACAGAAAGACAAUCUUCUAUAAACAGUUGUAUUUAAAUGCAAUUAAUUUAUCAACUAGCAAAUUUUGAUAGUUCAUAAGUGUGUUCUAAUAUUCCAGAGCACAUCACUAAAUUUUCAGGGCACAUGCAAUUUCAAGAAACAUUGAAACCACAUUGAGCAGUUUAAAAUAAUUAAUGAUUUUGCUUUGGUUUCUUUUGAUGAUAAUAUUAUACAAAAAGAAUUAUCAGUAUUCUAUGUAGACAAGCAUCAUCAUAAAAAGUCAUAUGCAAGUUUUCUGGUUCUACCCAUAAUGUUCUGCUUUUGGGAAGACAAGCAGUAUCUGUAAAAAAGAAGAACUAUUUUCUGUCUGUCUGGUCUUCAAGAAUGACAUUUGAGAAAGUGCAUGGAGUUGACCCUGAUGCAAAUAGUGAUUAUGAAUCAAUGUCUUCAACAUUUGCAACACUGAUGUUAAAUCAUCAACCUCCAUUAAGUUAAAUAAUGUUGAAUUGCAGAUGCAAGUGGACACUGGCAAUGAUAUUAUCUCUAAGAUCUUCCCAACGAAAAUCUUUUGAUGUCAGCCUUAAUCAUCGUGAUGUUUCAGUGGUGAAACUAAUGGGGAAGUUUGAAACUAGAGAAAAACUAAACUUGCCUUAAUUGUUACUGAAUGUUGUAUGAUACAGAGUUAUAUUAGAAUAGAUGUGUCAAGAUUUGACUAUAACAGAUACUUAAAAAGUUAAAAUAAAAUUGAAAACUAACUUUAAACCUGCAUAUUAUGUUGCAUAUAUGAAAAGUUGUCUCUUCCUUACUCUUACCCUCUCACAGCUUUCACUUGUCUCAUUGACUUACCUCAUUAUUUCUUCUGUUUUUCUCUAUCUAAAAAUAUUUAGUCCCCUUUCUUUUUUCUGUUCAGUCCAAAUAUGCUUUCAUCUGGUUGUUUGCCUAUAUCUUUUCCCCAUGCAAACUUCAAU